AUGAGCUCCUUUGAUCCACAAACGCACUCUCCACCACGCUGCAGCCCACAAUUUCCAAACAUUGGUCAAGAACCUCCAGAGAUGAAUAUCUACUAUGAGAACUUUUUCCAUCCACAGAAUAUCCCAAGCCCACAACGACCUACUACUUUUGAGACGACGGACUACAAUGCCACUCCCAAUCCUUACCUCUGGCUAAAUGGACCUUCCAUUACCCCACCACCCUAUCUCCCAGGAUCAAAUGCCAGUCCCUUCAUUCCUCAGUCUUACGGGAUGCAAAGGCAACUUUUGCCUAACAUGCAUGGCUUGGGAGGAACUGACCUUGGCUGGCUUCCUCUCCCAUCUCAGGAAGAGCUGAUGAAGUUGGUUAGACCACCUUACUCCUACUCAGCACUAAUUGCCAUGGCUAUCCAUGGAGCGCCUGAAAAGAGGCUGACUCUCAGUCAAAUCUACCAAUAUGUGGCUGACAACUUCCCGUUCUAUAACAAAAGCAAAGCUGGCUGGCAGAAUUCCAUACGGCACAACUUGUCUCUCAAUGAUUGUUUCAAGAAGGUGCCCCGAGACGAAGAUGAUCCAGGAAAAGGGAAUUACUGGACUCUGGACCCAAACUGUGAGAAGAUGUUUGACAAUGGAAACUUUCGCAGGAAGAGGAAAAGGAAAUCUGACAUUGGGACCAGUGCUACCUCUCUAGCAACUGAGAAAUCUGAGGAUAGUGCCCUGACUGGCAGCCCCAAAGCUAUAGAGCGUCAGGAUAUCUUGGAAAACUCAUCACCUGGGACUGACAAUUCACCUGAGAAACGAUCUCCAUCUCCAUCUUCCAAUAGCCCCUGCCUCAGUAACUUCCUUUCCAGUAUGACUGCAUAUGUUAAUGGCUCUAACUCAGUGAGCCGAUCAGUGCCUUUGGGACUCAACACUGAACCCAUUGACAAAAUGGGACAGAAUAUGGUAGGCUUUAAUUCUUAUUCCCCAAUCUCUAAUAUCCCAAGCCAUGGUGUGGGAGAGUGGUCCAAUUCCAUGCCUUCCAGCCAUCUUGGCUAUAGCAACUCAGUGCUCAAUCAGUUUAAUACCCAUUUUUACAGCAGUAUCAGUACAAAUAACACCUUGUAUCCUAGGGAGGGGACAGAGGUUUAA